AUGAGCGCUGUUCCGGCUGAGAGCGACUAUGAAGGCCCUCCCUACAUCCUGUACGGCCAUCCAUACUGGCUUCGUGUGUUGGCGAUUAUGCAGCUCGGUGGUGUGACCCAAGAUCAGGUCGCGUUCGUCCCGACCAUUACUGGUAAUUUAUGGGAGGACUUAAAGCCAGGCGAGCCCAGUGAUAUGGAACCUUUCAACGACAAGCGGCCCCAGCUAGUCGACACGGAACGUCUCCUGAGCAUGUUCAAGGGCCGUGCUAUCUGUCGCUCGUUCAUGCGCUUCGAGCAGGCAUGUGCCGUUGAAGUCAGCGACUUUGACCCGGUCGCGAGCGAGCUGAUCGACGAGGUGGUCGCUAAAGAUGCCGGAUUUGACUACGAUGACGCGCGAUACAAGGAGUUGAAGGGGGAGUUCGAAGACGUCCUUGAGUCUUACGAGCGCAUGCUCUCCAAGACCAAGUAUCUUGCCGGCGACAAGAUGACCGCCGCCGACGUUUAUCACCUCCCCUGUAUCCGCGCCCUGAACAAGCAUUCCGACGCUAUUCCCACGCUCAAGAACCACAAGAACGUCAAGCGGUGGUGGGAUGAGCUGGCUGGCUUGGACGUCCAGUUCUUCUGA